AGACAUGUCUUCCACCUUUUCACUUCCUUCUUCUCCCAAAACCCUUUUUCAAAGUUCUCUCCUUUAUCCCCGGAACCAAAAAAUAAGAGAAACUCACUUUUAUCUUCGAUUCCAUUACGCAACACACUAAACACCAAUGUCGCCGCCACCGGAACACCAAGGCUCCUCCUUCCUUCGCCGAAUCAGCAUUCGCCGCAACCAGAUCGUCUCCAUGGACGCCACUCACGAGCACCAACAACAGCUCGAGGAACUCGACUACUUCCAGAAACACGUCUCCGAUUGCCUCUCGGAGUUGUUACUCUCUCCUUCCUCCGCCGAAUCUUCUCAGCCAUCUGAUCCCAUUCUCUCCAUCCCGUGGCUAAAGAACCUCCUCGACGUUUACAUGUCCUGCGAAACAGAGUUCAAAGGGGUCCUCUCGACGGUCCAGAUCUCCAAGUCUCCCUCUCUAGAGAAGGCUCUGCAAGAGACGCUCGAUCGGAUUCUUAAAUCGCUCGAUAUCUGUAACGCCGUGAGUAACGGCAUUGAUUCCGUUACUCAGAGCCGGCGUCUCGCGGAGAUAGCCGUCACGGCGCUUAAGAAACGGCCGUUAUGUGACGGUGCCGUUCGUAGGGCUAAGCGUGCGUUGACUAGCCUCCUCGCUGGGUUAAACGCCGACGGGAGAGAUAGUAACAACCGAAGGUCAACGUCACGGUCGUGGUCGUUCGGUGGAUCGUCUUGCCACGUCAGCAAGAACUGGUCCGCGGCGAAACAGAUUCAUGCGAUGGCGGGUAACCUGGUGCCGCCACGUGGAGCAGAAGCCUGUGGGGUUUACGUGAUGAGCAGUGUUAUGGUUCUCGUGAUGUGGGUGCUUGUAGCGGCGGUUCCUUGCGGGGCAAGCAACGUUCUCGCGGCGGCGCCAUUGCAGCUUCCGAAACAUCAGAGCUGGGCUAGCGCGGCGUUGAACAUUCAGGAGAGGGUUGGUGAGGAGAUGAAAGGGAAGGAGAAGCGUUUUGGUGGUGGUUUAGGGUUGAUGGAGGAGAUGCAGAGGAUGGAGAGGGUUGGGUUGUCUUUGUUGGAGUUCACGGAGAGGUUUAGGUUUCCGGGGGAGGAGGAAGAGGUGGAGGAAGUUGCGGAGAAAGUGGAGGAGAUGGAUGAGAUUUGCCGGGGAAUGGAAGUGGGGUUGGAGGGUUUGCAGAGACAAGUGAGGGUAGUGUUCCAUAGAUUGGUGAGAAGCAGACUAGAGAUUGUUUCGGUUCUUGAUCAAGCUCCAUGUUUUUAAUUUAAUAAUGAAAAGAAAAGAAAAACUUGAUGUGUAUAAAUCUAUAAUAAUUCUUAUGCAUACGCACCCAUAUGUUCUA